AUGGCGAUGGGAUUCUCAGCCGCCGCCUCCGGGUCCGAUUUGCACUCCAACCUGAGCUCGACAUUGGCUGCAACCUCCUCCUCGUCCUUGAGUUCCCAUACGGACUACUCAACAUACCCUCUAAUGCGCCAGGGUGACCGCACCUACUUUCGUGACCCGGAUAAUGUCUACCCUCUGCCCUGCGACCUACCCGAGAUCCACCGCCAAAGCCUGCGCACGUUUAUGCUACUGCGCGUCCUCGGCGGCCCAUUUUGCAACCCCCACUUAGCCAACCGACCGCCCAAACGCAUCUUGGAGAUCGCCUGCGGGUCCGGUUUGUGGUCUGGUCUGUGCCACGAAUACUUCGCCCGUCGAGGCCAUCCGGAUGUGGCUUUUGCCGGCAUAGAUGUCAUCUCCAUCGCACCAGAUAUGCGAAAGCAGGGAAUGAACUGGCAGUUCAAACGUCAUGAUCUACGCCAACCACGCUUACCCUUCCCGGACGACUAUUUUGAUUUCGUGUUCAUUAAAGAUGCCGGCAUGUGUCCUUCCAUCCGGGGAAUUUUGGAGGUGUGGGAUUCGGAUUGGAGCUUCCGCUCGCUCCUGCCUAAUCCUGCUCCUGCCCGCAAAACCACAUCAAAAGAUCAGGAAAUUGCCGAUGCAACGGCUACUUAUACAUUCUCCUCUGCCACACCAUUCACGCGAGCACAGAAUAAGUUCGUGGUUGACUAUAACUCAUGGGUGGAGAAGUCCUUUGACCGUCUCAAGCUGACGGCGCUCCCGUGUGCGACCAUCGGUCUUUCCUUCAACUCCGAAGUGGACUUGUUGGAAAAUGUCGACAGUCGCCGGGUCGCAAUCCCAUUGGGUGAUUUGCGCUGGGAGCGAGACGGUCAAGGCAGGGAUUCCAAGAACCGUCCACGAAAGGCCCUGACUCCAGAGCAGAUCUCCAUCCGGCGCACGGCUCUCCUCACCACAAUCCAGAUGAUUGAAGGACUGGAGCCGAUACUGAUGGAGUCUAGCGGAAAGGGCCGUGACGAAUGGGACCGAUGGUGGGCUGCAAUGACAGCCGACCUCCUUCAGAAAGGCGGACUUGGCAGCGGCGAGUGCCUUGAAGUGAGCGCCUGGUGGGGUCAAAAGAAAUGA